GCUCGUGGGAUGAAGAGGCGCUAGCAACAGCAAGCUUGACUGAAGUGGAAGGUUCGUUUACCACAGCCGGGCCCAAUCAGGAUGAGUACUCCCCGCGUGCCACGAAUUGAUCCGGAGCCAGUGAGCGAGAAUGGCAGGUGAUGUGCGGAAUUUAGCGUUACCUUGAACAUAUGGUACUUGAAUACUCUUCGGCGCCCACAAUGUCAGACACUUCCUCCUCCCAAUAGCCCACUACCCAAACCCUGACACCAUGCCUCUUCCAACUUCCUUUCAACUCAACACUGGAACUUCGAUCCCAUCCGUUGGGUUCGGGACGUUCCAGGCGCCGCCAGCUGAGGUCGAAAUUGCUGUUCAAACAGCACUGAAAGCCGGAUAUCGACACUUAGAUUGUGCUUCGAUCUACGGAAAUGAAGAUGCCGUCGGGCGAGGAUUGAAAGCUUCGGGAACUGCGCGAGAGGACGUUUUCAUUACGAGCAAAUUGUGGAAUAACAAGCAUCAUCCGGAUGAUGUUGAAGCCGCGCUUGAUCGGACUUUGAAGGACCUUGGAACGGAUUAUGUGGAUUUGUAUCUGGUACAUUGGCCGGUGUAGGUAAAACACAAAGACCAGUUCUUGGUCGGAGAAGACUGAUUGUAUGUCACAGGGUCUUCAAAUCCGGUGAGAAUCCUAUGCCAUUGGAUGCAGAUGGCUUAUUCGUUUUGGGAAAUAUUCCACUCUCGGACACCUGGGCUGCGAUGGAACGACUCCUUGCUACUGGAAAGACAAGAGCGAUCGGCGUAUCGAACUUCAGUAUUCGGCUCCUUGAAGAUCUGCUGUCGAAGAGCAAAGUCGUGCCAGCCGUGAACCAGAUCGAAGCACAUCCCUAUCUCCAGCAGCCAGACUUGUUGAAGUACUGCAAGACAAACGGCAUUCUUGUUCAAGCAUACAGUCCUCUGGGGAACAACGAGACAAAUUCUCCUCGUUGCAUCGACGAUCCACGCGUGCAAGCUCUCGCAAAGAAAGCCGGACUCGAUGUCGGCCAGCUACUGGUCAGCUGGGCGGUGCAGAGGGGAACUGUCGUUUUGCCGAAGAGUGUGACGAAGAGUCGGAUAGAAUCGAACUUCAAAAUCACAGAGCUCUCGCCAGAGGUUUUCGACGCGGUGACUUCUUUGGAGAAGCAUCAUCGAUACAACUUUCCCGCAAGAUGGGGCUGGAAUGUCUUCGAUGAGUUGGAGGAAGCCGACGUGAAGCGUUUGGCGAGAGAAAAUGGGGCUAGCAAUCUUGCUCUUUUCGCAGCGGCGUAAUAAGUCGUAGCGAACACAAUGAAUUGCAAUUUGCUCGCCUCCGGCACGAGAGUGUACCCAAAGGGCGAUUUGAAUCUCCGACAAAAGUGAUAGUCGAGCGCCGCCUUUUACUUGUCAUCAACGAGCUUGGUCGCGAUCUUCGGUCUGUGAGCCCGAUCAGGAACUUGCACACACAGCUGCUCAACGAGCAUAUCUUGAGCAGGUAACGAGACCUUAUCAAAUGCAAGAGUACGUGAUGGCACAGGUCUGGCCCUCUUUGUGGAUGGCACCAAAGCUGACACAGCAGCUCCAACGCGCCAUUUAAAUGCAGAAGCCAGAUAAU